AUGCCCCCCUCCCUCAACAAGCUCAAAACAAAACUACUCACCCGCCCCCUCCACCUCACCAAGGAAACCCUCCUCAACUUCCGUGCCACCAUCCUCGAAGUGAUGUUCCAGCCGCGCCGCACAACAGACUACAACAUCGCGUGUCGGCAGCGUCUGAAAAUGUUCGCUUACGUGGUGAUCUCGUUCUGUGGCGUCUUGACUAUGAUUGCGGGAGUGGGGUUCGCGCUGUGUGUUUCGAGGGGUGGAGUGGAGAAGGCUACGGCCAAGGAUGCGAGUGCGGGUGUGAGAUCGAGUGGGGAGGGAUUGGGUAGAGUGGUGGAGAAGAGGGGGAUGGAGUCGCCGAGUGAUGAGGAGUUGAUGUGGAAUAUGGUUGCGUUUGGGGUUCCUGCUUUGGUGGCAUUUGGGGCGAGGAUGCUUAACCGGGUAUGGGUUCUGAAGAAAUUCCACUUUGAAGACUACCUUAUGUGUCUUGCCAUGAUCUUCUACUCUGCCGUCUUGGUUCUGAUCAACGUCUUUGCUCACUUCGAAACCAAUCUUUACCCGAAGGAGAUGGAAGCUCAGAUUCUUGCCAAUCCAGUUGACGUUGCCAAUCGUAUCUUCGGGUCUAAGAUUGUCGUUGCUCUUGAGCAAUGCAUGCUUGGUGUCACUUGGUCUGUUAAGAUCUGUAUCUGGACUUUCUUGCUUCGUCUCCACCGCAUCCUCCCCCGCUUCGAGCUCGCACUCUGGUUCCAAUUCGCCUUUCUCUGGGCGGGCCUCUUCACCAUCCAGAUAAUCUACUACUUCGGAUCCUGCAUGCCAUUCAAUCAAUACUGGGCCUUACCAGUCACGAACUCCGAGUGUGCCACUUACCACAACUACUCGAUCGUGCAGAUGGUGUUCAAUGUUUCCUCUGAUAUUGGAUUGAUCCUGACGCCGAUCCCUAUGAUUUGGCUUGCGCAGUUGCCGAUGAAGGGGAAAUUGAUCUUGAUGCUUAUCUGUGGUCUGGCCUGUUUCACGGUUAUGGCUGCUGUGAUGGAUAAGUACUACCACUUCACCUCCCCCUUCACAACCAUCCACCAACUCUGGUACAUCCGCGAAGCCUCCACAUCCAUCACCCUCGCCAACCUAAUCUGCUGCUGGCAGCUCCUCCAAAAGCUCUUCCACCUCCGCUCCUUCUCCAACACACGCUUCGAAAUCACCGACGACGGCGUCGUCUCCAACAACCACGGUCUUCGGCACAGACUGAUCCGACUCGCUCACCGCGCUCGUGAUUCGGUAAGUGGAAUUCCUGGAUCUUGGAACGCGAGUGGUCAUACUGGUGGUGGUGGUAGUGGGGGUGCGUUUGGGUUUGGGUAUGGUGGCAGGGAUGGGAGGGAUGGGAGGGAUGAUGUGACGAUGGGGACGGAUGAUACGGAGUUUGAGGAGAGGAAGAGUAGGUGGGAUGAUAGGAGGAGGGAUACGCAGUUUAGUGUGGAGAGGGAUGGGGAUGAUGCGAGGCCGGCGAUUAUGUAUCGGUCGAUGCAUAAUAUUGCUUGA